AUGGGCAGGAUAGUCACUGCCCUUCCUCCCCUUUUCCCCUCCUCCCCGCAUCCUUCUCAUCAGAGCACUUCUCCCCUCCUUUCUCCGCAUCCCUUUUUCUCCGUACCUGCUUCUCCUAUAGGGACUUUCGGCCCACAGGUUCGCGCCCCUGCAGCACUGUCACUCGCAUCCCUCUCAUUAGCCACUGCCCCUUUUCGUUUUCUCACAUCCCCUCCCUCCACCCUGCCCCUUUGCGAGUGUUUGUGCUGCAGGGAGCGUUCACGAGGGGGCGGGGAAGGGGGACUGCUGAUGGGGCUGGCGGAGGCUAUAGAGAAUGCGUUUGGCGUUGAAGAUGGCGCGGCGGGAUAUGGAGUGGGGGGAGGGGAUGAAGGAGUAGUUGCUGCUGGGGCGGGCGGGGAGGUCAUAGGAGAUGCGAUGGGUGUUACGAUGGGUGAAGGGAAUUGCUGUCGGAGCAGGGCUGCUUAUGGGUCAGUCGCAGGUGGGCAUAGUGCCAAGCAAGAAACAUCUAUCUUCCUCCAUCUCGGCCUCGCCCGUCUCACGGUCACCGGCCUCUCUGACUCUUCUCUCAUGCUGCUCUCCAACCUCGCCUGCCUCGCCACCACUGUCACCCUCGUUGGUGCCAAUCUUGACCUCUGUGGCAUUGACGAGUUGCCCCACCACGCCCUCAUCCUGGCUCUCACAUUGGGCCAUCAGCCAUGCACCAUCACCGAUGCACCAUCACCCAUGCCCCAUCACCCAUGCGCCAUCACCCAUGCGCCAUCACCCAUGCGCCAUCACCCAUGCGCCAUCAACCACGCGCCAUCACCCAUGCGCCAUCACCCGUGUGCCAUGCCAUCACCCAUGCGCCAUCACCCGUGUGCCAUCACCCAUGCUCCAUCACCCGUGCGCCAUCACCCAUGCGCCAUCACCCAUGCGCCAUCACCCGUGUGCCAUCACCCAUGCUCCAUCACCCGUGUGCCAUCACCCAUGCGCCAUCACCCAUGCGCCAUCACCCAUGCGCCAUCACCCGUGUGCCAUCACCCAUGCGCCAUCACCCGUGUGCCAUCACCCAUGCUCCAUCGCCCGUGCGCCAUCACCCAUGCGCCAUCACCCGUGCGCCAUCACCCAUGCGCCAUCACCCGUGUGCCAUCACCUAUGCUCCAUCACCCAUGCGCCAUCACUCAUGCACCAUCAACAUGCGCCAUCACCCAUUCGCCAUCUCCCAUGCACCAGUUCGACUUGUCAGUCCAAACGACACUUCCUGUUUCCAGUGCGGAUGACUGCAGCAUUGGGCCAUCAGCCAUUGCUCUGUGGCUGCAGGUGCAAGGAAACCUCUCCGUCCUUCCAGAUAGACGUCUCGUCACGGCGUCGUGGUACGCGCCGUCCGAGGCGAAUACCUCGUCUACGGGGCCCAUGCCAGUCAACGUUGACCUCGUCGCCUCGUCGGACGCCUCGGAUUCGUCCGUCGCUUCGACGUGUUCCGGAUCUGGCGAAUCUGCCGCAGCCAUCGCGAAAUCCUUGAAACCGGCGCCACCUGCAGUCCAUGCGCCUCCCGCUCACCGCGCCGCUGUUCCACCCGUUGCUCCGCGCGCCUGCCGUCGGCCGCUCGUGCUGAGCGCAUACGACGGUGUGCUGGACCCCGAGCUGUUCGAGAAAACCGGCGAGUUGGGGUGUGGCGGGUUUGGCACGGUGGUGGUGAUGCGGCGAGUGGAGAACGGUGAGGUUGUGGCGGUGAAGCGCGUGGAGCGAAAGCAGCUGGUGGCGGUGUCAAACGAGGCAAUGCUUUCGGCGUCGCUGAGCGAGUGCCCGAGCGUGCUGGGCGUGCGCGAGGUGCAUCUGGGCGAGCAGCACGCGUACAUGCUCUCCGAUGUGUGCUCUGGCAGCGACCUCCGCGCCCUCAUGCAGCGACGCAAGGCUGCUGCAAGCAACGGCGCGGGAGGCGCGGGGAGAGGCAAAGGGAAGCGGUGGUGGGGGAAGGCGGGCGGUGAGGGCGGGCGGGGAGGGGGAAUGACGGAGGUGGAGGCGCUGGAGGUGGUGAAGCACGUGGGCGACGCCGUGGCGUUCUGCCACGAGCGAGGCGUCGUGCACUGCGACGUCAAGCCCGACAACAUCCUCUUCUCCACUCCCACGCCCCUCUCCAAGCCCCUCUCCGCGCCAAUGCCAUUCUCCGCCGCCGCUGCUCCCGCUGCUCCUGCUGCACCUGCGCGCGCCUCUCCGGCUGCCCUCAGCCUGUCCGUGCCCGUCUCCUCAGCGCGCACCUCCGUCACAAAGAAUACGGGGCCCCUCAAGGGCCCGAGGUGCAACCAUGCCAGGCCAUCCACCCAGGGGGCAUCCCAAAUGUAUGCCCGAUGUUUGCCAAACCAUGGCCGCAACCGUAUUCACCCAUCUACAACAAACACGCACGUGCGAAAAACGAGCAGACGCAUUUGCAGCACCACGCUCAAAUGA